GAUGGCGUCGGCGGCGCGAGGGGGGCGUGGCUUGAGCGAAAGGGGCGUGGCCUCAGAUGGAGUCUCUCUCGGAUUGGCUGAGGCGAGCUGGGGGCGUGGCUUAUGGGCGGCGCUGGGCGGGGCUUUGGGGGCCGCUUGGAGGGCGCUGCGCGGGUUGGUUGGCGGUGGGCGUGGCUUGAGCGAAGGGGGCGCGGCCUCGGCGGGCGCCGCGCGCGGAUUGGCUGAGGCGGGAGGUGGGCGUGGCUUCUGGGCAGCGCUGGGCGGGGCCGCUCGGAGGGGGCUGCGCGGGUUGGUUGGUGCGCGAGGGAGGCGUGGCUUGAGCGAGGAGGGCGUGGCUUCGGCUGGGGCCGCGCGCGGAUUGGCUGAGGAGGACGAAGUAGGCGUGGCCUCGCCUCAAGCGGCGCUGCCAUUGGCCGGGCCGGAGAGGGGGCGGGUCCCGCAGGUGUCGGCGUUUCACCUGCUGCAUCGAGGGGGGGCGCUGCACCUCGAGCGCCUCGCGCGGCAGUGCGGACCCGUCCUGCGCAUGCGCAUGGGGGGGCGCGAGGUUUUGGUGCUGGGCGCAGCGGGACCGAUCCGGGAGGCGCUGGCACGAAACUGGGGGGCCUGGAUGGGGCGCCCCCCAAGUUACCUCGGGUCCCUGGUGUCACUUGGGGGUCAGGACCUGGCGCUGGGCGCCCCCUGCCGGGCGUGGCGGGCGCAGCGCGGGGCGGCGCGGGCGGCGCUGUCGGGGCCGGGACUGCAGGGGGCGCUGCGGAGCCAGGCGGAGGCGCUGGCCCGGGAGCUUCGUUCCUAUGGGGGGGCCCCCCUGGACCCCUUUGAGGUUUUCUCCUUCCACACCUGCAGCACCAUCGGGCGCCUCCUCUUCGGGGACUUGCUGCCCCCCGAGCCGGAGGUUCGAGCCUUCGCUCGGUGCCUGGUGGAACUGCUCGACGUGUGGGGCAGAACGAGCGUCCGCGCCCUCGAUAUGUGCCCUGCGCUGAGGGUCCUGCCCCACCCAGGGCUGCGGCAACUCCAGCGCCUGAUCCAGCACCGCGACAGCUUCGUGGAGAAACAGCUCAGCCGGUACCGGGCCUUGCACCCCGAGGGGUCCCCGCUGCCCCCCGCCUCCCCCGAGGUUGGGGGGCGCCCCACGGCGCUGCCCCCCGCCCGCCUGCAUAUGGCGCUCGUCGACCUCUUCUUGGGGGGCACCGAGACCACGGCGGCCGCGCUGGCCUGGGCCCUCGCCCUCCUCGCCCACCGCCCCGAGCUGCAGGCGCGGCUGCGGGAUGAGCUGUGGCGCGAAUUGGGGCCCUCGGGGACCCCCGAACCCGGGGACACCGCGCGGCUCCCGCUGCUCCUCGCCACCCUCAACGAGACCCUACGCCUGCGCCCGCCCGCCCCGCUCGCCCUGCCCCACUGCGCCCUGCGCCACACCAGCGUGGCGGGGGUACUGGUCCCCACGGGCUCCGUGCUGGUCCCCAACCUCCUCGCGGCCCACCUGGAUCCCAGCGCCUGGUGCCGCCCCCGCGCCUUCCUGCCAGAGCGGUUCCUGCUCCCGGACGCCCCUCGGCGCUCGCUGCUGCCCUUCGGCUGCGGGGCUCGAUCCUGCGUGGGCGCUGCGCUGGCUCGCUCCGAGCUCCUGGUAUUCCUGGGGCGCAUCCUGUGGGAAUUCCGCAUCGAGCCCCCGGCGCCGGGGCAGCUGCCGGGCCUGGAGGGCACCCCGGGAACCGUCCUGCGCCCCGCGGGAUGCAGCCUGCGCCUCGUGCCCUGGCACAGCCCGGCCUGAGCCCGCGGCCUCCUGCAUCCCGGGAUCCGCAUCCUGCAGCCUCCUGCAUCCCGGGAUCCGCAUCCUGCAGCCUCCUGCAUCCCGGGAUCCGCAUCCUGCAGCCUCCUGCAUCCCGGGAUCUGCAUCCUGCAUCCUCCUGCA